AUGAGCCUCGGUUGGGUUGGAGCUGAAGGGCUCAAUGUCAUUGAUUUCCAAGGACAGCAAGCCAGCGAGGAAUGGCCAUAUUGCAGCAAAGUAUGGCCUUAUUGCGUCAACAAUCCGACUGCAUGCACAUUUGUCGGGGUCUGCAACAACUGCCUCGAGUUCCUUCCAAAGUCUGUGAAGGGCUGCUGCCAACAGAAUCCGCCAGCUUCAUGCUUCCAGAACAUCUUCGCAGGCGGAUCCGGCACCCAAGAUGAUUCGCAGCAGUCUUUGAGCGCAUCGCCCGCCGCGAGUGCAAGCAUCACCGACGCCAACGCGGCCGUCUGCGCAACAGCUCUCGCUGCCGUCUCAUCGUGCGAAGGCGCAACGUCUGGAUUCGAUAGUCUCGCUGCCACCGCUCAGGCUAGCUGUUUGUGCUAUGACGCCGCCACCAGUUACGCGCCGAGUGUCUUCGACGGGGCUUGGAGUUCUUGUGCGGCAUAUGCUUCCACGGCGGACACCAGUGACUAUCCGGCUGUCACAAGCGCGCUAGGCCUGUGUCAGAGUGCAGGAGAUGUGAGAGGCAACAACAAUGCGGCCACUACAACCGGUGGAAAUGGCCCUGCCAGCACACCAACGACUGCUACGGCGACGGCUACUGGGACAGCAGAAUCCACUGGCGAUUCUCCGAGCUCUGCGUCCUCAACUUCUGCCGCUUCGGGCAGUCAGUCCUCUUCAAGCUCGAGUAAUAGCAGUGGUGCUUCCACAUUCCGAUUUGAAGGCCGGCUGAGCGGUUUGCUGGUCCUUGGGAUGCUGUCUUUGGCCAUACUUCUCGGUUAA